AUGGAUAAAUUCUUCAAGCCGGAGCACCUAUCUUUGGACCCUAAUGAUCCCCAUUCUGAUCGUCAGUGGAAACAUUGGAAAACAACUUUCAAGAAUUUCAUGGAAGAGAUAUGUGCUGCAGAAGAUGAUCUACUAAAACUUCUAACUAAUUUUGUGGACUACAACAUAUAUAAAAUAAUCUCAGAGGCUGAUUCUUAUCCUGAAGCUAUAUCUAUUCUUGACAAACUUUUUAUAAAGCCUAAUAAUGAGGUAUAUUCACGUCAUCAACUGGCAACUAGAAGACAGAAACCUGGAGAAAAUAUUGAUCAGUAUCUUCGAAAACUCAAAGAACUUAGUAAAACAUGCAACUUUAAACCUGUCACUGCUAAUGAAAAUCGCAACGAGUACAUAAGAGACCUUUUCAUUCAAGGAUUAAUAUCACAGUCCAUUCGACAAAGACUUCUUGAAAAUCUAACUUUGACUCUUGAAGAAGCUUAUAAUCAAGCCAUUACCUUGGAAUCAGCUGAAAAUCAGGCGAUUUCAUAUAUUUCAAGCCCUUGUAACUCUAUAUCUCAGUCAACUCCUAAAAAUGUUGAUGUUACUGAUACAAAUGUUUCUCAGGCAGCUUCUGAUUCGUCUUCUCACCAAUUAUCCUCGAUAAGAAGAGAAAAAUUUUUCUUUUGUGGACGGUCACGACACUCUCGAGCCAACUGUCCUGCCAAAGACUCAGUUUGUAAUAUUUGUGACAAGAAAGGCCAUUGGGCAACAGUUUGCAAUUCUCGCAACCAAAGUAGGACAUUUAAGGGUAAAACAACUCCAAGUGAUAAGACAGAAAUAAACUCAAUGUCUUCCCCUCUUGUUGCUGCCUCACAAAAACGUCUUUCAAAAGCUACAGUGUCACUGAUGUUAAAUGGCAAACCAGUAGAUGCACUCAUUGAUACUGGGAGUUCCGACAGUUUUAUAUCUGAAGCUACUGUGAAAAGAUUCAAUAUUUCUAAAUACCCAACAAAGCAUAAAAUAUCGAUGGCAUCAACAAGCCAUGUUUCAUCAACUCUUGGCCACUGUAUUGUUGACAUGGUGUGCGAUGGCCACGAAUACCCACAGACAAAGCUGCUCGUCUUAACUGAUUUAUGUGCCGAUGUUGUAAUUGGACAUGACAUCCUUCGGCAACAUUCUGCUGUGGAGCUGAAUUUCGGUGGUAAACGCCCACCCUUCAACGUUUACAAUCUACUUAGGGCUAAAGUAUCACCACCACCACCACUGUUUGAUAAUCUAACUAAUGACGUCAAGCCUGUAGCCAUCAAGUCCCGCCGCUACUCUGUUCAUAAAAAGUGA